AUGUGUGACCUUAUGGCACUAAAGAAACCUUUAGUCAAGAAGUUUUCCAAGAAAAAUGAUAUAAGGCCCUUUGAAGACGCUUCCCAUUUAGAGUUCUUUUCAGAAAAGAAUGAUACUUCUUUAAUGGUAUUUUCGUCCAAUAAUAAAAAACGUCCAAACACUUUGACUUUUUCGAGGUUUUUCAAUCAUAAGCUCUACGACAUGAUUGAAUUGUCAAUUACCAACCAUAAGUUGUUACUGGAAUUCAAAAAACUAACGUUCACCAUAGGUUUGAAACCCAUGUUUGUUUUUAAUGGUCCUGCCUUUGAUAAUCAUCCUCGUUUUCAACAAAUUAAGUCUCUCUUUCUAGACUUCUUUAGGGGAGAAGAAACAGACUUGCAAGACGUCGCUGGCUUACAGUACGUUAUAGCUCUAUCAACUGGGGAAAUCGAGGAUCUCAACUCGACGACGCUAUUGCCCCUUCAUUUUCGUGUUUAUAAGCUAAAAACUUAUAAAUCAAAUCAAAAGCUCCCCAGAGUCGAAUUAGAAGAAAUUGGUCCAAGAUUUGAUUUUAAAUUAGGACGUUUUGUUGAUCCUUCUCCUGAGAUACAGAAAGAAGCACAUGCGAAACCAAGACAGUUACAAGCAAAAGAAAAGAAAAACGUCAAAACUGAUUUUAUGGGUGACAAAGUUGCUCAAAUUCAUGUUGGUAAACAAGAUUUAAAUAAACUACAAUCUAGAAAGCUUAAAGGUUUGAAGUCAAGAUAUGACCAAGAUAGCGGAAGCGAAAAUGAACAAAAUAAUUUAGAGUACGAUGGCUCUAGGGAAAUCAAACGGCAAAAGGUUUAA